AUGGCUGGAACUCAUCUCUCUAUCUUCAGAACAAAUCUCAGCCGUCCAUCCACCUCGCCGGCUCCGUCCUCUCACCAUAGAUCGCCGAUCACCGCCCGUGUGGCCCAAAACCUAUCUUACUGGGAUUCCAUACAUUCCGAUAUCGAUUCCCACUUAAAAAAAUCCAUCCAAAUCCGUCAACCCACCACCGUUUUCGAGCCAAUGCACCACUUGACAUUUUCAGCACCGAAAACCGCCGCCUCCGCCCUGUGCGUCGCCGCCUGUGAGCUCGUAGGCGGCGUCCGGGAAGAUGCUAUUGUAGCAGCGUCGGCAAUACAUCUGGUGCAUGCGGCUGCAUACACUCAUGACCAUCUUCGGUUAACUACCGACCGAGUCUGGUCGGAUCCCAGACCGGAAAUACCGCACCUGUAUGGUUCGAACAUUGAGCUUCUAACCGGCGAUGGAAUUAUGCCGUUUGCGUUUGAGUUACUGGCUCAGUCCAUGGACCCCGCCGGAAAAAACUCCGACGAGCUGUUAAGGGUGAUCAUUGAGAUCACGCGAGCCGUGGGUGCUGAAGGGAUGGUUGCCGGUGAAGGUUAUGAAGUUGAGUUUGACCUGUUGAAUAGUCAACCGGCACGGCGGCUCCAUGGAUGUGGGGCGGCCUGUGGGGCCAUAUUAGGAGGUGGCAACGAGGAGGAGAUUGGAAGGUUGAAAAGAUGCGGUGAAUAUGUGGGUAAAAUACAAGGGUUGUUAAGUCAAAUGGAUAAAGUUGAAGGGGGUAAAUUGGAAUUAGUUGAAAAAUGGAGGGGCUUGGCUCUAAAGGAGUUGGAAUAUUUUGAUAGUAGAAAAAUUGAGCAAAUUUCCACCAUCUUUGGGGUUUAAAAUUUCCUUUAUUACGAUUGAUGUAUGUAUCAUGUUUAUGUAUAUGUUUGAUGCAUGAAAUAA